GGGGCUGUUCAAAGCCCGAGGCGAAACCCAAGCGAUACUGGCGGCCGCUCCUUCCCUGCCUCGGUUUCCCCUCUGCGGGCAUCCGGGUACCUCACUCCCAGCUGUGCACUGGGUCGGGGUCCUCAGAGGCCCCGGGGCCACUCCAGGGCCUGAGGGGACGGAAGGUGAGGCCCGAGGGGUGACGGCUCCGUCCGUCGCCGGCCGGGGGCGGGGCUGUGAGGCCCGCGCUCGGAGAUCCCCGCCCGCCGGUUUCCUCCGGGGUCAGCCCGGCUCCUUAUCAGGCGCGGCCAGUCGGCCAGGCUCUUAUCUGUGCCGGUCCAGCAUCCUCCGGCGCGGCCGGGGGUGAGAGGGAGGAAACUGGGCCGCCGGGGGCGGGGAGAGGGCGGGCCGGCCAGGAGCAGCUCACUUUCCCUCGAGGGAUCCACGCUGCCGUCGCGGCGGCCUUCGGGAGCCCGGGAAGAGGCUCGGCCCCGACGCCGCUGCCGGGAGGGGGCGGCAAGCUCCCAGCGGCCCUGAACGCAGAGGCCGGACCGGAUUGGGGCCACGGAGCCUGGCCUGAAACCCAACCGCAUCCUGGCCCUGAAGGACAGAGCUAGGGCACUCACCAAACAGCAGGACCAGCGCCGGGGUGAGCACCCCCUUGGGGUCCAUGUGCCCACCCCAGGCCCAGGCAGAGGUGGGCCCCACCAUGACUGAGAAGGCCGAAAUGGUGUGUGCCCCCAGCCCAGCACCCGCUCUGCCCCCCAAGCCUGCCUCGCCUGGGCCCCCGAAGGUGAAGGAGAUGGGCCACCAAGGCUCCUCACCCCCUAGGCUGCCUCCUGGCGUGCCAGUGAUCAGCCUGGGCCACACCAGGCCCCCAGGGGCAACCAUGGCCACCACGGAGCUGAGCGCCCUGCGGCCCCCGCUGCUACCACUCUCUACCCUGGGAACUGUCCCACCACCCCUGGCCCUGCAUUAUCACCCUCACCCCUUCCUUAACAGCCUCUACAUUGGGCCGGCAGGACCUUUUGGCAUCUUCCCUAGCAGCCGGCUGAAGCGGAGACCAAGCCACUGUGAGCUGGAGCUGGCUGAGGGGCACCAGCCCCAGAAGGUGGCCCGGCGUGUGUUCACCAACAGCCGGGAGCGCUGGCGGCAGCAGAACGUGAAUGGCGCCUUCGCAGAGCUCAGGAAGUUGCUGCCAACGCACCCGCCCGACCGGAAGCUGAGCAAGAACGAGGUGCUCCGCCUGGCCAUGAAAUACAUUGGCUUCCUGGUGCGGCUGCUGCGCGAUCAGGCAGCCGCUCUGGCCGCAGGCCCCGCCCCGUCCGGGCCCCGCAAACGGCCCGCGCACCGGGGCCCCCACGACGCCGCCCGCCGCGGGCCUUGUCGCAGGGCCGAGGCAGUAGUGCGCUCGCAGCCCGCGCCCUCGGCCGGCCCCGACGGCAGCCCCGAUGGGGCGGCCCGGCCCAUCAAGACGGAACGAGCGGCCGUGAGCCCUGAGGUGCGGUGACCUCCGCAGCGUUGCCUCUGAGCCGAGGGGCACCGGGAACUCUGCCCAGGGCGGUCGAUGCCCUGCGCCUGCCCUGGAGCGAACUCCCCCCGAAGAGGGACCAGUGAGGA